CUUUUGGAAGAAAGUGACUCAGACUUUGAGCUGUGGAGAAAAGUAUUGCUGAUUUGAAGCCUGUUUAUUCUUUCAGUCAACAGUAUAUACUUCACACAUCAGGCAGUUAAUUUGAAUAAACUGUUGCAAGGAUUAAAAGGCACAAAGGGGAAAGCAGUAAAGGGCUUGAGAUGCCAUUUGAGAGCUGCCUGGAGCAGUAGCAGCAGCACUGCCUUGACCUUUCCUGUGUUUUGCACGCUCCCCAUCCUAAGUAAUCAUGUCGAUCGCCCACACAGCUGGUCAGUAUAUGCUCUCAGAUGCUCUGCUUCCAGAUCCAAAUGGCUCCAGGGCUAAAGGACUUCGCCUAGAAUUACCUUGCGACCGCAUGGUGAAGUUUGUGACAGUGGGAUUGCCUCUAGUGUUGAUGUCUUUGGCGUUUGCUCGGGAGUUUUCUGCAGGCACCCAGAUCAGCUGCUUCUCUCCUAGCAACUUUACAGGAAAGCAGGCUGCCUAUGUGGAUGCUUUGUGCUGGGAUUCCUUGCUUCACUAUGAUGCGGACCUUGUGGAAGACUUGAGACCCAAGCCCCUCUGGGUUCUGAAGGUAUUUCCAUAUUCUUUACUAGUGAUUGCUGUUGCCAUGUACAUACCUUAUCUGAUCUGGAGAUACGCUGCUGCCCCAUCCCUUAACUGUGAUUUGUUCUUCAUCAUUGAUGAGCUGGAUAAAUCGUAUAACCGUUCCAUCAGGCUGGUGCAGCACAUGGUGAAACUCCAGCAGUCUGGAACUGACCCAGAGGAACUCUGGGAGGAGUAUGACAAAGCUCGUCGGGAACGAUACUUCGAAUUCCCUCUACUGGAGAGGUACUUGACUUGCAAGCAGCGCUCUCACUACCUCGUGGGCAUCUACAUUUUGAGGAACCUUGUUCUCCUCUCCCUCAUGGUUGCCACUUGUAUCUACCUCGGUUACUGCCACGUGAGUGUCUUCUUCCAAGAUGAAUUUGGUUGCGCAAUCAAAGCAGGACUUCUACGGAAUGAACCGCAUAUCCCAGAUUCAGUUCCCUGCAAGCUCCUAUUUUUCUCAGUCUUCCAAAUGACCAGUAUCUGCCUUGGGACCAUGUAUGUCCUCCUGGGCCCUGUUGUGAUCUACCAUUUGCUCCACCUCUUCCAUUGGGAUAAGCGACUUUUGUCCAUCUAUGAGAUGCUCCCAGCUUUCGACCUUCUCAGCAGGAAGAUGCUGACUUGCCCUAUGAAUGACCUGAAUAUCAUCUUGUUGUUCCUGAGAGCCAACAUCUCAGAAAUCAAAUCCUUCAGCCGGCUGAGUGUCCUGUGCACACUGAGGGACGUUACAGCAGACAAGGAAAACAUUGACACCGUGGUGGAUUUCAUGACCCUCCUGGCUGGCUUGGAGAUGUCCAAGCCAAGGCCCUUUGGCACAGAGGGAAAUUCAUUGCAUCCCAACAGUGAGAUUAUUGAAAUGAAACCAGCCGUGGAAUCAAAAGAAGAUUGACCGUGGUCAACUUGAUGGAAUGGCAAAAAGCAGAGGAAACACAGUUAAUGAAUGGUGUGGAAUCCUUGGAAAGUUACCAAUAAAGUCACCAAGUCAUUUAUUGUUGUACCCAGUCAUUGAAGUGCAUGGGGUCCUCAUGGUCUUUCCAAAUAGUAACAUGUGGCACAAUGUGCAUAUUUUAUCCUAAAUGCUUAUUUAAUAUGUCCCAAGUUCAUUACAUUUACAGUGCAUAAUGAAUUUAAUUAAGUUGUGAUGCCUAUAAGUUUUUGAUCAGAUGCUAUUGCAUUGUUUUAUGGCUCUUUUGAUAAGUUAAACAGGCAUUCAUUCUUUGCAAGGUCUUGGGAAUCUCAAUACAGAGAGAGGCAGCAUCUUAGUCAAGACAUUUUAAAGAGUUUCUUGCUGGAUGUCCAUAUUCACAGGCAUGGAAUGAUGCUUCUUUGUUUCAUACGGUCCUGACAUUCAGAUUAAGAAGAAAAUGACUUCAAAAGCCAGAUAUUAAAUACAGAUAUACUAACAUCUUUACUCAUGUUAUAUGCUAUUUUAAAGGUGGCACUUCCAAUCUCUGUUUCCAUAGAUCAUUGGUUGAAAUUUGUGUCCAUUCAGAUACAAUAUUCUUACUUUAAAAGUGCCUUGUUCAUCCCAUCAAUCUUCAGCAUUAGCUAAAACUGAUGGGCAAAACAGUUCAACAGCAUUAAAUUAAAUUAGCUGUUAAGAGAACUGUUUUAUGUGUCUUGCCAGAGUGGGAAAAAGUGGCAACUUACAUUGCAUCUAAUUGGUUAACUGUAUACGAUGGACUUAUGUUAAUUCUGCUGAUUAGACUCUAUUAAAUUUAAUGUUAAAGUAA